GCCCAUCCUCAAGAACCCUAAAAUAAAGAGGAAGCGCUAGUUCUUCUAUGAGGCAUGGCGAUCUCUCCAAGCGCGCGUUAAGGUAUGCUCUUCGUCGAGGCUAUGGCUUCUCCACGGCAGCCUUGGAGAAUGCAGGGAUCACAGACAGCGAUGUCCAGCUCCUCUUGCGCGUUCACGGCAAGGCGCUGCUCCGCAAGAGCGCCAUGGAUUUCAAUCCCCCUCUGGUCGCCAAGAGAUCUCCGAAGGUUUCCUUGCAGUCUGUGCUAGAUUUUCGAGAGGAUCAAGCGCUCCAGCAGCAGCAGCAGCACAGGAUCGAGCCAGGCGCACAGGCGAAGGGAAAAUCUGAGGAGUCGAAAGGAAUGGAUUUGGCUAUUUUUUUGGGAAGUCUCAAGCCCCUCCAGGGCGAUACGUCCUUGAAGAAAUCGGCGAGGUGGGAGAAGAUGAAAGAGAAGGUGGCUCGGCGCAGACCUCCAGUGGUGGUGGUGGAAGAAAAAAAUCUGGUUCCACCACCUCUCGAGCUAGAACAAGAGGUGCAAGUCUUUCCGAAAGCUCCGGAAGUUCUUGAAGCUACUGCUGCUACUUCCGCAGUUGUGAACAACCGGAUUGAUCUCGAGGUGCCGAGCUUGGAAUUUGGAAACGAAUUCUUCCAGAUGGAGGAGACGAAGAUCGAAUCAAGUCGCUCAAAGAUCUCGGUGUUCCUGGAGCGACUCAAGCGAGAGAAGGCGCUGGCUUUGGUUUCUUCGAAUGCCAAGGCUGAGGAAGAAUCCUUGGUAGAGAGUCCGACAAGAAGGGUCUGGACUGGAGGAACACAAGCUAAUCUGAUCGACCAGGAAGUUUUCACCGCUAUGCAAGCUCUGGACUCGGCUAACGAUAUCCACGGUUCGAACAUUAGUGGUGGAACUCUCAAAGUUUUGAUACGAAGCUUCAGUAAUCUGGAUGUCAUCGAAGGCUCGAUCAAAGUUCUCCAGGCAACGAAGGACUUUGGCUUUCUGCCAUCGACGACAACGCACAGUCUACUCGUCUGCCUGCUGCUAAAGUCUGGAGAACAAGAGAGAGCCAAGAAGAUGCUGGGAGAGUUUCUCUUGGAAGGUUCAAAGCCAUCAGCAGGGAUCUUUUUUACACUGAUCGACGCGUUUGAAAGAGUGGGAAAUCUCUCGGCCGUGCAUAUACUCUUCCUCGGAAUGCUCCAAAGCAUGGUUCGUGUGAACGCGGACACGACAGAGAAGUUUUUCAGCAUUCUUCUAAGGGCAGGGAUGGCCGAGCAAACUUACACACUGUUCCAAGAGUACCCGAUCACAGGCUCGGACAUUAGAGUGGAGACCGGGAAUUUUCUCAUGGACUGCCUUGGGAAGGCCGGAAAACACAAGUGGUCCGCGAGGAUACUGUCACGCAUGAGAAGAUAUCGUAUCUCCAACGUCAGCUCCUACAACAUCAUGAUCAAGAACUUGGUCAAGGACUCGGAGCUGACAAAGUCUCUCAAGGUUUUUCACAUGUUCGAAACCGAUCAGCUAUCACCGGACGUGGGAACUUAUCACUACAUAGUCUCGGGUCUGUGCAAAGCCAACAAGACGAAGAUGGCGGCCAUGUACUUCGAGGGAAUGAAGAAGCUGGGGCUCUUACCGGACACCAUGACUUACUCGACCAUGAUCGACUGCUACGGAAGAGCCGGCAAAGUCAACAGAGCUUUGCAGCUGUUUGAAGAGAUGAAGCGGAAAAAUGUCCGUCUCGACACCCGCGUCUUCAACUCGUUGCUCCGAGCGGUCGGGACGUCAUACAAGCCAUCGCUGGUUUACAACAUCUUUCGGGAGAUGCAGUACUUUGGCCACGUCCCGGACAUAUGGAGCUACAAUCUCCUCUUCUAUGGGCUGGCCAGGCGGGGACGAAGGAAAAGGCUUCGCAAAGUUUACCGGGAGAUGAAAAGAGAUGGGCUCAAGCCGGACAUCUACACCUACACAGCGAUCAUACUUUGCCUUGGCAACGCCGGAAGAACCAAGUCGGCUUACAACUUCAUGCAAGGCUUGCUCAGGAAAGGAGUGGAAGUUAACGUAAAGACCUGGAACGCGCUGCUGCGAGGACUCACAAAGGAGGACGUGAUCGAAGUGGCGUUUUCGGUCUACAACGACAUGAAGGCUCGGGGAUUUAAGCCUGACAACACCACUUACAGCCUUCUCCUCGAGAACAGCAUCGCAUUGAGGGACGCGAAGAAGGUGUAUCGGAUCCAGAGGGACUUCAGGGACUCCCGGCUGGAGCCUGACGCUCCAAUGCAGAAGAUAUUGCAGCGCUCCAUCAGGUACAUGAGCAAAGACAGGCGGACUCCUUUCGAUCCACAGGUCCUACUUAAGUCCUGAAAAAGGCCAGAAUGGUGGUCAGUCUUCGAUCUUCCUCACAGCAGAUCCAAAUGUCGAAAUCCUCGAAAAAGAAGCAAAAAGAAAACCAAAAAUCUGGUGCUGCUGCUAUGAUCCGGCACGAAUUACAGUGUUCCACUUAAACAGCGAGGCUUCCCUGAUUCACAGCGCAGCAUUAUGACACACGACGCGGCGACAGACGAACAAACGAUGAAGCAGAAGAAAGACGACAUUGAUUGGCCUCCUCCUGCUCGCACCUUUUCUUCUUCCAGUGGGAGAUGAUGCUUACAGGUACCAAAAAAUCGCUCUCUUUUUUUCGCUCUCAUUGCUCAAGCCAAACUUUUUUUCCCACCA